AUGAAAGGUGAAGGACUUCCACCUUCUGAACUUCAGGUAAUGAGAGGUCUUUUCUACAGCUUCGCAGGGUUCCUGGUCACCCUCUCAGAUGUGACUCCACCUCUCCGGCACAUUGGUUCUUACUCCAGGACCACAGUGCAUUGCUGGGUGAGGGGCACUUCCUUUGGAUCCAGCACUGGAUGGUGUCUCCAGGAUGAGGGGAUGGGUUCUUGUUACGGAUGUUUCAAGAGUUUUCUCCAAUCAUUUCAGAGGGCAACAGUCUCUCUCCUGCCGCAGACACCCAGUCACGUGGGCAGGUCUGCUGGGUUAAUGAAAGCGUGUAGCUGUAUGAGAACAGAUGGGCUGGCAGGGUGCGGUUCUCAUCUUUCCGUCUCCCUCUGA